AUGGACGCAAAGACAAAAAUCAUCAUCAAGGCAGUCGUUAUCCCACUCGCGUUCCUCAUCCUUAUCCUCACUAUAAUCGCACUUUUCAUUCUCAAAUGUCGGAUGGAUCGCAAGAAAGAUGAACGGGAGAACCUUAACUACUCAUUCGCGCCUUACGAGCAAUGGCAGACUCCUCAACAGCCCCAUAAUCAGCAAUGGCAGGCUGCCCAGCAGUCCCACAAUCAAUGGCCUAUGAACCAAUACUCGAUGGCGACGGCACAAAUGGAAAAACCGGUGAGUGACCUUUGGGAGCUGUACGACGGUCUGAUCAAGGUCUAA